GUGAGAGGCCCGGCCAUGGCGGCCCCGGUCCCCUCCACGUCGGGCGCGACGGGGCGCGGGCCCAUCAAAGGCAUCCUGAAGAAGCGGGGCUCAGGCGGCAGCGGCCUUCCGAGCAGUGCGCAGCCCCCGCCGCCGCCCCCGCGCCGCCCCGCGCCCGGGCCCUUCGAGGACGAGCAGGGUAAAAAGUCCCAAAAGUGGGAUGAAAUGAACAUCCUAGCUACGUACCAUCCAGCAGGCAAGGACUAUGGUUUAAUGAAAAUAGAUGAACCAAGCACUCCCUACCACAGUAUGGUCGGAGAGGACGAUGAAGAUGCAGUGAGUGAUUCAGAAUCGAAUGAACCCGUAACAGCAGAUGUGUUAGCUAAAAAGUUAGUGGCAGCUGAAGGUAAAGGACCCAAGAUUCUAGCUCAAGAAGAAGAGUGCAGGGAGGAGGAGGAGGAGGAAGAGGAUGAAGAGUUAACGCCUGAAGAACGAGAAAAAAAGAAACAGUUUGAAAUGAAGAGAAAAAUGCACUACAACGAAGGACGAAAUAUCAAAUUGGCUAGGCAGCUAAUUGCAAAAGAACUACAUGGUGAGGAGGAGGAUGAGGAGGAUGAUGAAGAUCAAGAGAUGCACGAUGCUGUAGAUGUAGAAAACAUGAGUACAGAAACCCCUGAACCUGCACAUGCUACUAGUGACCAGCUGGAUAAUAGAGCGCACAUCAUAGAAGAAAUCUGUCCAGAACUGUAACUGCCUGUCAAAGCUACAAACUUAUACAGUGCUUCAUGGUUUUGCGACUCUUAAGUAUUGAGAGGCAUAUCAGUUAUAGUGUUGUAUUGCCAAGAAUGUUAACUUUAGAGACUCUUAUAUUAGGCAGAAAAGCUGCCUAACUGGUUAUUCUUGUGCCUAGUAUUUCAUGGAGAGUACUUCUUCAUAACCCAUCAAACCAGAAAUUGGAGACAAAUUAACUUGCAUAGCAUAUUGUCACUCCGCAUACUUUAAAACAUACAAAAAAUCAGUAUCUUUUGGUUUUGUUGAUUAUUUAUUUGACACUGUUCUAGAUGUGGUUUCUCUUAUAGUAGAAAGGUUUUGGAAUUCAAGAGCCAAACAGUACAGUAAAUAACAGGUUGAUGUGUACUAUCAGGUGAAUUUAGCAGUUAAAAAAGGAUUAUUUUAGUAGUGUAACUUUUUUGUAGAAUUUUUCUGACCUGUUAAUCUAGAUAUCAGUAUGUCAUGACUCCUGUUUUUCAAUCUUUAAAAGAGAAGAGCUGCAUUAUUUUUGUGGUUUAAAAAGAAAUCUGUUUGGAAUCGGUUAUUAGUUUCUGAGUAAGACAAUACUAAUAACUGGUGAGAUAUUUGUACACUAAAGAUGUGCAGACAUUGAUUUUGCAUCUAAUUGUGAUGAUCUCUUCCCUUGGGGAUAGAUGGGUUUUGGAACUUUCCUUAUUUAUCUUUUCAGAUCUCAGAACUUCUCUCCAAUAUUUUCCACUUCAGGCUUCCCAUACGUCACGCUACUGAUUUCCUUAAGAUCUGCCUUAGUAUCUUUUGUAUCUUCUGACUUGCUGUGACAUGAACUCAUGCUGCUAGCAUCUGAGGAUAAGUAGUUGUCUGAGCAAAUCUACUUCAGUACUAUGGAGAUGGAAUGGCGUAGCUUUGUAUUGUGCCAGCCUUCCACUCCACCUAGGUAACUGCUGAUGACCUAAUUCCAUCUUGGGACUCAUCAUCUGUAUAUUGAAAACCACUGGUGUAGAAGUUUCCUGAUCCAAUGUAACUUGCAGCAGCUGCUUUUGUAAGAUGAAGGCUAUUGGGAAGAAUAGAAGGGAGGUUGUCAUAUCAUGUAUAAUUUACAUGCUGUUAACAGUGUGGUUCUAUAGCCCUGAUGGAGAGAGAGUACUGAACCUGCAGGUUACUGUAAACAAUAACAUCCCACUCAAAAGAUCUUGACUAUGGUGUGGAUGUACUAGUAUUCAGAGUAGUACUUGGUUUUAUUCUGCAAAUGAAGUACACUUAAAGCUGUGAGUUGGUCAUGGAAUAUUUUGUAUUCAAUUAUGUCUGUAUUUCUCUUAAAUUUGAACUAAAUUUGAUACGGUCCAAAAGUCCAUAAUUAUACGGACCUAUUUUAAAAUGACUUCCUGUCCGCUGUAUUUGUGAAGUCUGAAUAAAAGGAUGAAAAAGUUACUUUACAAUUAUUUUGAACUCACGUGUGAGCUUUUCUGAAACACUAGAAUGCCAUAUUUAUCACUGGAAAAAUACAAUCAUGUGGAAUGUUUCAGUAGACCAAAACUUCUGCCGAAAGGGUGCGGGUGAGCUAUACCAAAUUACUGUGUGGGUUCCUAAGUCUCUGGUUAAUGCUCUAUUUUGUAGAUAGCUGUGUUUCCAGCUCUUGUAAUAUUUAGUAUUUCUUAGCCCCAACUCCUGGAUUUGUGUGAUUAGUGAGAAACUCAAGUUUAUUUAUUGAUUUAAUAAAAAAAAAUUCUAGCCCUCAUGGCUGCGGAGUAAAAUUUUGAAAACGUGAAUCCUAAAGGCUCAGUCAUGAAAAGGCAAACAAAAACCUCAUAGUUUGAUGGAAUCUUGGUUUGAUUUCUUGGUAAAAUUGUUUUUUCCAUUGGAAGUAAGAAGAGAUUGAGUGAUGCAUCUGUUUUUGCUUGAUUAUAUGAAAAAUAAUUGCUUUAUUUGCUACUGUUUUUCCAGUCAGUCUUUUUUUUUUUUUUUCCUUCCCCAAGAUCAUGUUAUAAUUGCAAGAAUAUUGAUUGACUGAACUUGAUUCUGGUCACUUUUGGCUAAACCCUGAGAGAUGCUGGGGCUCCCAUGAGAGGUGAGGUGAUUAGUGGACGCUGACAUCCAUUGGCUUGAUUAACUUCAGGAGUUGAAGGGUACAUAGCUCUCAAGGAUUAGAAACGCUCCAGUUCUCUUAACAGAUGAGAAUUUUUAGCAUCCUUUUAUAUAAGAAAGCACUAACUGCUGGACACCUGUGUCCAUGAAGGAUGGUGUUCUCUUCCUUCCCCUCUCCUCUCCUCCCACUGCCUAAAUGAGAGCCAGGAUGUGUCUGUUCUUUGCUGUGCUUGUCUUCCUAAAUGUGGUAAUUUAUAUUGUUGAGUUGUUAGAUUUACAGGGCUGCUCUGUGGAUGGGUUGACGAUACUUAUGAACAAACUGUCCAGUUACAACAAAGGAGCUAAACAGCUGCUGAAUGGUGUUGUCCCACUCCAUAGCAGUGAAGCUACAGUUUCAAUGUUGCAUGUGCUGUUUGUCACUCAGUGUCAAACAUGGUAGUUUCUAUAGACUAGUUUGGGCCAAAAGGCCAGCAGUUUAAGCCACUUGUUCUCUUUUGUCACCCCCACCCCCUUUCCAUUCUUGCUUGUACAGAAUCGCAUUUACAGCCAAUGCCCCAAGGAGGUGCUGCUGUUAGCAUCCUCAGUACAACCUGGGAAGGAUUUUAUUUGUGUAUACACAUUGUUUAUUCUUCAGUAAACAAAGGUAGAUCCUAAAAAGGAUCUGUUUUCUAUGACAAGCCAUAAAACACCAGGUAUGGGUGGGCUGUACCAUCUUGGCAGAGGGGUUAUCUUGAAUUGUUAAUGUACCCCUAGCUUUCAUUAACUUUGAGCAACUUGUUGUUCUGGGUACAUAGGCCCUAUGAUGACUAAGGGCUCUUCAAAAACAAGCUAUGCAUGAUCUCCCUGAUACCUCAAUUAGAGAUAAAUUAAGUACACCUGAAAUACAAGUCUAUCUUUUUCUUAAGUGCGUUUUUAUUGGUAAAAAAAUAUAAUAUAGAGAAUCAUCUUUAACGCUUGCCAUCUCUAUAAAAAUAUGAUUGUAUGUAUAUUUUCUGUUUUAUUGCUGGUGGUUGGUUCAUUUCAUUUGGGCACAACUUGAUGUUUCUUAAAAGUUGUUUCAGUUUGGAACUGGGAUUGCUUGGCUUUAUCCACACCACUAUCUCAAGACAUUUUAAAGGCUAAAAUUAGGUAAAUUUGUUUCAAAUCUUGUGAUUAUUAAAAUGCAAUAUAUAUAGUUUGUUUUUUUUAAAAAAAACUGUUCAAGGUACCUGUCAUUUCUUGUAAAUCUGCCAUAUUGAAAAAUAGCCACCUUUUAAGGGGAGGGAAAAAGGAGAAGAAAAGGAAAAAAGUCUGCUUGGCUUGUCUAAUAGGAAGAAGAUAGUAAGAUUGCUUAUGGACUUGUAAUAUCAUGGUGGUUGUCAGGUGCUGAGUACUGCAAUGAGGUUUAUAAAAGCAGAGACAGAAUGUUAUGACUAUUUACUUAGAAACUGGAGAAUAGAGCUCCUAAGAACCUGUUUUGCAACACUUUGCAUGAUAAGUAUUUUCUACAUUUAUUUUUUAAGCCUUUUGUUUGUAAAAUGAAUAUAAGAUGUCAAUUCCUGGAGAGAUAAGUUUCUGUAAAUAAACUUUAUACUAGA